CGACACGAAUACUGCGCUCGGUGUCUGUGUGAACUGUACUCAAUCUUCCGCAACUAUAUAGCGCUGAAUGCACCUGAACACACACCUGAUGACCCGGCUGACUUGGUCGAUCCUGCCGCGCUUCUCAAACAUUUUGAUUCUGACGAGGAAAGAAUUAUGUUUCAGAUGGCCCUGGAGGUACUGGAUCGACUCGAAAGGUACUUUUUUGUCCAAAAUAACCUGAUGAUGAUGAUGAUCGCGUCCAAAGCUGUGUAA